CCUCUGGAGUCAUACACAGCUGAGACAUCAGUGACAGGAGAGGACCCCAAAUCCGCGGAUACCAGAGCCCAGGGCUCCGGAAAAGGCCAUUUCGCGUGCCUCCAGGGUAUGGCCUGCCUGAGGAAGCUGUUACCCCACUGACGUUUUCGUAGCAACAACAGCUUCCUCACAGAAGAGGGGGGCCGAGAGAUUAUUCCCAUUCGACACAGUAGGAAGCUGGGGCCCACGGGGGCCUUCGGGGGCAGAUGGCAGGCAGGCCUGGGGACAGACACCGGAGGGCAGGAGCCGGGUCCGGCGCCCCUCCGCCGGCGCCUGCGCAUUGCGGCCCAGCUCCCCUCUCAACCCCGCCCCAUCGCUUGGGUUUUCAAAUUUGAAACCUGCUUCUUUUCCCGCCCAAACGUGUGGAUCAGCGGCGGGAGAGGGCGGGGCGGAGCGCCAGCCAAUAGGGCAUCAGGGACUCCCCGACCCCGCCCCGAGGAUGACAACAGCGAUCCUUGAGAAGCCAUGUGCGAAUGGGCGAGCGGCGGCCGGCAGGCCCUGCCCCCGCGGCGCCCACGUGCAGCGGCUGGGCCCGGGGCUUCCAGGGGACCACCAGGCCCCCAGGGCGCCGUGCUAUGUUGGGGGCUAGUCACUAGCACGGGGCUGGAAGCUGAGAUCAAAGACGCCAACGAACCGGCGUGGGUGGAUGAGUGAAGCGGGCAAGAAGCAGCACCCGUUAGCCUGAGGGUUCGCUCCAGGGCCAGGCCUGGAACCAGCGCCCUUACCUGCUCCUGGAAAGUCUGAGACCACUCGGGGCGGGGCGGCUGCCGGAGGGCCGGCCCGCCGCCAGCUGUCGCCGACAUGGAACCCGUGGCCAGCAACAUCCAGGUCCUGCUGCAGGCGGCCGAGUUCCUGGAGCGCCGUGAGAGAGAGGCCGAGCAUGGUUAUGCGUCCUUGUGCCCGCAUCGCAGUCCAGGCCCCAUCCACAGGAGGAAGAAGCGACCCCCCCAGGCUCCUGGCGCGCAGGACAGCGGGCGGUCAGUGCACAAUGAACUGGAGAAGCGCAGGAGGGCCCAGUUGAAGCGGUGCCUGGAGCGGCUGAAGCAGCAGAUGCCUCUGGGGGCCGACUGUGCCAGAUACACCACGCUGAGCCUGCUGCGCCGCGCCAGGAUGCACAUCCAGAAGCUGGAGGAUCAGGAGCAGCGGGCCCGACAGCUCAAGGAGAGGCUGCGCAGCAAGCAGAAGAGCCUGCAGCGGCAGCUGGAGCAGCUCCGGGGGCUGGCAGGGGCCGCCGAGCGGGAGCGGCUGCGGGCGGACAGCCUGGACUCCUCAGGCCUCUCCUCUGAGCGCUCAGACUCAGACCAAGAGGAGCUGGAGGUGGAUGUGGAGAGCCUGGUGUUUGGGGGUGAGGCCGAGCUGCUGCGGGGCUUCGUCGCCGGCCAGGAGCACAGCUAUUCGCACGGCGGCGGCGCCUGGCUAUGAUGUUCCUCACCCAGGGCGGUCCUCUGCCCUCUGCUCAUGCCAGGCCCACUUGCCAGGCAGGAGCCCUCCCCAAGCCUUCAGGGCUGCUUGGAGUCACCUGUUGGAAUGGACUAAAAGGACCCUUGUGUGGGAACAGGUGCUCCCCAAACACCCUGCUGCUGGCUGCCAGGCAGGCCCUCUGGAAGGGAAGGGGCAGGACUCAUCAGGACCUCCCUGGACCCCUGUAGGACAGACAGCUUGGGCCUGAGCCCAAGCAUUUGGCUCUGCUGCUCCCAAGGGGACAGGAAGCCUCUUGGGCCUCUUCCCUUCCUAGACAAGGCCCUCUAGCCUUUGCCUCACAUAAACUGUACAGUAUUUUCAUUAAAAGCCUCUUUCA